CCAGACGACUUCACACAACCUCUGCUCACACAGGUUAAAACUUCUUCAAACUUUUCUCGCUCCCUCGCCUCUCACAAAGAUGAAGCUCGACCUGGUUGCCAUGGUUACCUCCUCCUCAACCUCCAUUCGCUCAGUGGCCACCAAGCUCCUCCCCCUCUUCCUGCCGCUGCUGCUGAUUGGUUGGUUGGAGCAGGCAGCGUCAUCUGGCGGACUUCGGAAGCUGAGUCCACCGGCUAUGAGGGACGCGACACGACACGCUGUUCAUGAAGUGUCCAAACAUGCUCAGAGUUUGGAGACAGACGACGACUCCAGCGUCAGACUCCACGCCCGCAUCGGCGCCGACCAGGACCACAUGAAGGUCUGCUGCCUCCACGCCAACAUCCUCAACUAUUACCUGACCAACAUCCUGUGUCACCGUCACGAGCAACAUCCCAAGAUGCUGCGCGUGAAGAUCGACCUGAGCCGAGUCAGCGACGACCUGCAGGCGCACGGCUGUAAUGUGACUCACUACCACGAUCAUCAUCACGCCGUGGAGUUUCGCAGGAAACUCGCAAGUAUGGAGGGCGAGCGAGGCAUCAACAAAGCUGUGGGCGAGAUCGACAUCCUGUUUACGUAUUUGUCCGAUUACUGCGUCCACCAAAAGAACAACACCGCUAACGCCGCUAACGCCGCACUCUGAUGCCGCUAACGACGCCGCUAGUGUUGUUUUUAUUUAUUUUUAUACGUCGACUUUCAUACUUUAAUUUAUUCACUUAUUUAAAUUAACAACAUAUUUAACAGGUUUUUUUUUAUAUUUAUAGACAAAGUUAUUGAUCGAUUUAUUGAUCAGAGUUUGAAUAAGCGAUCACUUUGUUAUCGGUUAUUGAUCUUGUUGCCAUUUUAUGGCCGUGUCGUUUCACACGCGUGUGUUACAGUGUUACAGUGUUGAUGAUGUCACAGACUGUGUUUGCCACCGUCACCUGGGUAUCAAUAAAGUUUGCUUUGAAUAUGAAAGUUAAA